GACGGUCUCAGGUUAGGUCACUACAGGUGAACCAUUAAGCGCUAAUUCAAAUUAUGAAAUCUGACAGUCAUGUGGACAAGGAGAUCGCUCAAACUUUUGUUGCAUCCAAAGUAACACGGACUCGGAGCUUAUCAGAGUGGAGGCUUCUCUUCAGUCUUGCCAUUUGUGCAACCAUCUUCUACUUGCAGUUUCUCACUGAUGGCGGCCCCGAAUCCUUAUCAAAAUUCUCCAACGCCACGAAAAACUUGGCGAAGAUAUUGUAUGACAAUGGCGCAUCAGCAUACAUCGCAGAGCCUGGCGCAAAUGCGCAGUACUUUGGUAACAUUUCCGAGGCGACGUGGCACCUUUCAGAAAGACCGUUGUUACUUAUAAUCUCUCCCAUACUCGAGGAGGCCAGCAUUGUAGCCAAAGUCACUGUUAUCACACCAGCAUUUGAGGAAACACGCGCCAGACUUUUACCAGUACCCGGAAUUGACGUUUCGUUUGUCUCCUGGGCAGAAGACGAAGACCCAUACAUCGUUGCACUUUCCACCCUUGAACUUGAACCUGGAAAGCCCAUCUACGUUGAUGGUAUGAUGAGAUACUUCAUUGUCGACGGUCUCCAGAAGGCCGCUCCUGGCGUCCGCGUUAUGUCUGCCCCACUCGAAGUCACCCAACUCAGGGCGCGCAAAUCCCAAGCAGAGCUAGACCUUCUGAGAUGUGCGAACGAGGUCACCGUUCUCUGUAUCCGUGCUGUACAAGCCCAGAUGUACAUCGGGAUACGGGAAUCACAAGUUCGAGUGAUGAUAGACGAGGCGCUCGCUGCUGCUGGUCUCGCCGAAAGAUGGGCGUUGGUACUUUUUGGCGAGAACGCUGCUCUCCCGCAUGGAAGCGGGAGUGACCGCGCACUGGGCAAAGCGGACUUUGUUCUCAUAGAUGCUGGCGGCACGUUGCUGGAAUACCACAGCGACGUUACACGUACAUUCAUGCUGCAUGAUAGCUCCAUUCCACCGGAACAUACUAGGAUCUGGUAUGAUGUACAUGCCGCCCAGACCUUGGCGCAUGCAGCGGCUCGGGAGGGGGCAAAUACAUCUGCCGUAGACAAGGUAGCGCGUGAUUGGCUUGACGGGCGUGGGUACAAAGGAUACUUUACUCAUAGACUGGGUCACGGAAUCGGGCUUGAAGAUCACGAAGGUCCAUACCUCCGUGGAGGAACCGACGACAUCAUUCAAAAAGGGAACGCCUUCUCGAACGAACCAGGCAUAUACAUUGAAGGCAAGGUCGGCAUUCGCCUUGAAGACUGCUUCUAUAUCGACAAAGGCGGAAAUUCUGUAUUUCUGACCAAAGGGAUUGGGGGACAAGCAUUCAGCCCGCUUCACCCUUGAACCUUUUCCUCUGAUGGGGUUUACGGAUAUGAAUUUCUGGAACCGAAGUUACGUAUUGAUGUAGAUGCGCUAUCGAUUCCUACUACUAUCUUAAAUCCAGAGUUUAUGAUCUUAACUAUUUCUGGACAAUAGCGGGAAGGUCUGUGUAUAAAUAUAAGCCCUUAGUCGGACAAUGAAGCUACUACGUCAUUGUAUAGAUCAGAAGCGUUCCGUUAUAUGUCACUUUGCAUUCAACAAAUAAUUUUCAUAGGGACGCCACCAGGGUCACAUUCACAAAUUAUGAUCGAACUCGAUGGGAGGAUAAUUGACAUACGUAAGCGGUUG